AGGACUAGCUAGCUACUUCUUGCCAACGCAACGGCAACACGUCCCACUUCUUCAAUCUUCUCCGCACGACAGAAGAACCCGUUUCUCGCCGCUGGGAAAAAGCGAUCCAAACCCUCCGAUCACGAAUGCUUUCUGACAGUGAGAGGAAGAAACACAAAACACGUAAAUUGAGUCUGCCGAAGCUUACCAUGGCACCUGAAAUAAAAGAUAACGCAAGACUCAUCGAUUCUCCACAUGGAGAUCUACAGAUCUCUCCGAACGGAUCGUUCGAUAUACCAGACGGAUACGGUCUAUUCAUUCAACUAGCGGCAACGUCCGAAAGAGUCUUUUUGGAAACGGAACCGGAUUGCCAUUUUCCAAAAAUACAUCCCAACUGCUACGCCCCCGAAGCGCUGCGAGACUUGUACCUCUUAAAAGGCGGCGGCAGUGGUACGGCCGUUUUUCACGGCUGGCAUCCCAAGUUGGGUUCCAUUGUGAUGAAACAUGGAGGCGCCAAGGACACCCGAGAAGUCUUCUCCUUGGCGGAAAUUCGCCGAGAGCUUGAAGCCCGCGGUGGAACGGAAGAAACGAUUGACGUUGCCGGAGUCUCGGCCGACGCAAUGCGACGUAGGAUACCAGAAUUCGUAGGAGUGUACAUUUCGAAACAUCACGUGCGGAAUCGUGCCAGAGAACUAUGGAGCACUCUACGAGAAACCUCUUUACACAAUCUCUUGUCGCUCAACACGGUCGCUGAUGAGGAAAUGGAUCUCGACGAUUCCUUGAAUGAACACGACCGUCGCAAACGACGAGAUUCGAUCACGGAACGUUUGGAUGCUGUUAAGGAAAAACGCGAAUUUCGAGUCUGUCGAGGCGAAGAUACUGGGUUCGAAGUGCUGUUCAGGCGCGUACUUUUGCACAUUCCAGCUUUUGAUGCUGAUGGAGUAAUUACCGAUGGAUUGCGCUUUUUGUACGAAUUGGCUGACCAGCUGGCAACUGAACAAGAACGGCAGUACUGGAAAGUUACCCUGUGUCAGAAGACAAUUGGUGGUGCGAACGCUGAGAAUGGUGCAUCAGUUUUGACACGAGGCGGUCUCAAGGGGAGCCUGCAGCAGAAGUUAAUUCAAGAGUUUUCGCAAGUUAUGCAGGAUUUGCAGAAUUUGACAUUGCCGAACGAGCGUAGUGGUGUCGAGGCGGUUCGAGUCGAGGUAGAUUCUCUCCGUGUGAGCCGCGAUAUUUUGACUGUCUCCAAAAUGGCAGAUAGCUUUUGUGGUUCCGCGAUACUCAAAAAUUUUAAGCCGAACGGUGGACGGUUCUUCAAGUUGAGAGAGAUGGGCUCGCUUUUCCGAAACAGCAAGGAGCUUCUACUCGCCCCCGGCGAAGCAAAACCUGCCAAAUAUCUGGGUAUGAUUUUAGAGCGUGGUUCCAAACUUUCCUGCGUUUUUCAUGAAGUUUUCGCCGUCCACUCGGCCCUGGAUGCAAUGGAAGGUAGCUGGUUGGAUGUUCUAGAGCAUGCAACGUCUCUGACACAAAAGUCGGCAACGGACCGUAUCUGGACAUGCGGCCUGACGGAUGCCGGUUUGCACAAUACGUUCCUAUCCGAAGAACGCGGACUGGAACUUUUUGAUUUAGGCGAGCCUCAGCUUGUCCCGCAACCGGCAUUUCUCACCAAAUUCCUCAUGUCCUUUUUUCACACACUGGGUAUGCAGGAAGGCGACGACGGGAAAUGGGUGCGACGAUUUGUAGUUGCGAGUGGCAAACUGAGCCUGACGGAGGAUACGAGGGCCUUGCUUCCAUACAUAUACAAAGCGUUCGAAGAAAACAUGGACCACUUCAUCUAUAACAUCUUUGGAGGUGACGAGAAUGUGCGAUCGCUGCUUCACAAGUACGUGGUGCUGCAGCUUCUUUCCGAUGCUGCCUUUUGCCUUGCUCGAUGGGAAAGAAAGGGCGGUGGUAAGGAGCGGAUCCGCAAUACUGGUUCGCUGCAUAAAUGGCUCUGGAGAAGUUUGUGGGACAUUUACAUUGCCUCGGAUGUGCACCACCGGCUCAUUCUAAAGGCAAACAUUCAUAAGUAG